AGUCUAGUGACGUCACAGUAGGAUCCGGUCAGGCCUAUUGAUCCACGAAAACAUUAGAGCGUGUAUUGUCGAAGUGUUCUUGUACUGUAGUUGGCGGCCCGAAAAAGUCACGCAAAAUAGAAAAUGCCAAAUAGAUGUAUUGUGGCUGGUUGCUCUAAUGUCUCUAAUGUAAAAAAAGGAGUCUCGCUUCAUUUCAUACCGUUUCCGGAGAUGAAAGGCCAGAAGCCAAAAUAAGACGUAAACAAUGGAUUGAUUUCGUACGGUUGAAACGGGCAAAAUGGGAUCCAACACCUAAUUCCAGUAUUUGCUCAGCGCAUUUCGCAAAAGAAGAUUUUUCCCAAAUGUUUUCUGGUCUGUCGGCUAAAGUACCUAGAUUAGCUACCGAUGAGAUUGGCGUCGUGGCAGUCCCUAAAUAUAAUAUUGCAGCUGAAUGUCCCCCGUCAGCAAGAGCCAAGAGAAGGGUUUUAAAGGAAGCAUUGUCCACAAGUUUGUCUCGACCAGGAGAAUCAGAAGAAGAGCCAGAGGAUUUCGAACACUGCGUGCCAAUGGAAUUAAAUGUGGAUGAAGAGAUACCAAGCGAUGUUCCUUGCAGCAAAACAAACAGCGCUUUGACUCAGACAGAUGGUUGUGUUGGUUGUGCGUACCUACUGAAAGAGAAAAGGAAAACAUGGAACAAAUAUGUAGCUCUGAAAGCAAAAUACGAUGAAGCCAAACGUUCUAAAGGUAUCGUGUUUGGCACAUAAGUACUGCGCACGUUUCGUGUUUUCACUACAGGGGAAACCCGUAUAAUAUUUCCGGCAUUUAUCAGCCGUGGUGCCGGUUAUUAUAGCUGUAUUGCUAAACUCACGCAAUAGAAUUAAAAGAAGACAUUUUAUGUUAAA